AUGGAUAAUCAAAUUGCACAACUUUCCUCUACUCUACGAAUUCGCCAGCAAGGAGCCCUACCAUUAAAGCCAAUACAACCUACAGAUCAUGCAAAUGCAAUUAUUCUAAAGAGUGGUUCACACUAUGAUGGGCCUCCUAUGACCAAGGAUGAUGAACCUGUUACAAAUAAAACUGCUAAUGUUGAUUCUGUUAAACUAAAGACUAUUGGUAAAAAUCAAGACAGGAGUGGAGAUGUACAAAGCCCUAUGAUCCAACUUCCAUUCCCUAAUAGACAUAUAAAGAAUAAGUUGGACAAGAAAUUUGGUAAGUUCUUGGAGGUUGUCAAGAAUUUGCAGGUUACAGUUCCUUCCACUGAUUUAAUCACUCAAGUUCUUGCAUAUUCUAAAUUCAUAAAGGAUAUUUUGACUAGGAAGAGAGUCUUUAAUGAGGUAGAGACUGUAGCUUUUACUGAAGAAUGUAGUGCAUUGCGACAAAAUAAAUCUCCACCAAAAUUAAAGGAUCUUGGUUCUUUUUCUAUAUCUUGUCAUAUUGGGAAUAUCAUUAUUGAUAAAGCAUUAUGUGAUUUAGACAUGGAUGAGGAUACACAAAUUCCUAUUAUUUUAGGAAGACCUUUUAUUCAUACUACAGGGGCCAUAAUUGAUGUAAAAAAUGGAAAACUUACUCUUUCUGCUAGGGAUGAUAAUAUUACCUUCAAUUUAGGGAGAGUUAUGAAAGGACCUAUGCUAGAGGAGAAAUACUACAGUGACACUAACAUAUGGAGUAAAGACGUGGAUGAAAUUGAGCGCGCUCUAUCAAAUGAGCAACUUAGCCCUGAUGAGAAUGAUAAGGUAGAAAUUUUAAUUCAGGAAUCGUACUCUGCGGAGGUAAAGAAACCUGAACUUAAACCUCUCCCUUCACACUUAAAAUAUGUAUUUCUUGAUGAGCAAGAACUGCACCCUGUGAUCAUUAGUACAGCACUCGAUGACCCAUAA